CAUUUACAAGAUUUGGAAGCGGUUUUUCAGCGGUUGCAGCAGCAUCGACUCAUCACCAAGGGCUCCAAGUGCGAGUUUUUAAAACAAGAACUGGAGUUCCUGGGGCAUGUGAUAUCCACGAAGGGGAUUCGAAUAGACCCGAAAAAACUCCGGGCUAUUCAGGAGUGGCAACCGCCAACAAAUCUGCAGCAGCUGCAAUCCUUUUUGGGUUUCGUGAAUUACGUGCGGAGGUUUAUACCCAACAUGGUGGGGUUAACUGGACCUCUAACCGACCUACUGCAGAAGGGAACUUUUUACGAGUGGGGGGAGAAGCAGCAAGCUGCGUUUGAGGCAUUAAAAACUCUUUUAAUGUCGCCACCGGUGCUUCGCAUCGCUGACCCGGAACGGCCCUUCGAAGUCAUCACCGACGCAAGUGACAUCGCCAUCGGAGCAGUGCUCAUGCAGGAUUUCGGCAACGGGCUUCAACCAAUCGCGUACGAGUCUCGGAAAAUGCAAUCUGCUGAGCGCAACUACCCAGUACACGACAAGGAGAUGCUGGCGAUCCUCCACGCGUUCAAAAUCUGGCGGUGCUACCUGACUGGAGCAGACGUGACGGUGCGAACCGAUCACAAAUCACUACAGUACCUGAGGGCGCAGCCGAAUCUCAACCCGCGGCAGAUACGCUGGCUGGACUAUCUGGAGUCAAAUUUCACGUACAAGAUCACGUACAAAAAGGGCGCCAACAAUAUUGCCGACGCCCUUUCCAGACCAUCUGCCCAACUCGCAGCUGAAUUUUCCAUUCCUUACCGAGCGGUACUGCUAGCGCGUACGCUCGAACACACCUGAAGCCUCGGGACUGUUCCAGACCUUCUGACAGAACCGCCUCGGUUUUUCCAGACUUACCGGUUCGACCUUCGGGAGUUCUCCAGGCCUCGCUUCGUCACUUCGAGACCCUUCGAUCUCCUUCCCGAACCUUCCCAUCGCAUGGUUAGACUAGCUCUGGUGUUCCUA